AUGACCCGGCGCAUCGUGUAUGGCGUCUCCCUCUGGGUCUUCCUGGCUGCCGCGGCCCUCACCAUCUCUGCCGUAGUCCUCCCCAACUGGAUCUCCUACUCCAGCCCAACAGACGGCUCCGAUCCCAUCCGUGUCACGUACGGUCUGCACAGGAGAUGUAGCUCCAUCACGGGCAAAUGCACACCCUUUCCAGAAUAUGAGGACUGCCAUGGCGACGACUGGUGGUUCUGUUCAAUAUGGAGGAGCACGGGAUUUUUCAUGAAUCUCAGCAUCGUGGUGGAACUGGCCUGCGUCAUUGCAUACCUCACCGUCCUCGUCGGCGGGAGGAGCUCGAGAGAAGCCGGAUGGAAGAUGGUAGCUGGUCUAUUGUCAAUAGUCGCGGUGGGACAGAUCAUUUCAAUGGCACUGGUGGUAUGUCAUGUGUCAAAGUGUAAGACGGGCCACGCCAUUUCUGACCUCGACACAGGCCUACGCCUUCGAGCACGACAACCGCUUCUUCGUGGGCUGGGAGCUCGACAGGUCUUUCGUCUUGUGCACCGUCAGCUGGGUCGUCUUACUCGUGAAUGCCGCCGGAGUGGUGGCUGCCGCAUUCCUUCUUCCUCCACAGGACGACUACGAGCCCAUUCCGGACCCUCGAUGA